AUGGGUACCGAUAUGAACAUUGAACUAGGUGCAAGUACAGUUCCUUUCUCUUACAAUAUAAUAACUACCAAUAGUGUUGAUCAACCAUUUGAUUAUUAUUGUGUAUUAUGUUUUGAAGCUGUAUAUCAUCCAGCGAAUCCGAGUUUGAAAAAACCAUCACCCGACGAUAUUUGGGAAAUCAUUGAAUUUCCAAUCUGUUUACUAUCAGCUGAAACUAAUACAAUAGUUGAUAUUUAUCAUAGUUAUGUUCGACCAUCGAUUAAAACAACAUUGAACGACUUAUGUAUUUCGAUAACCGGUAUUACUCAAUCUAUUGUCGAUAAUUCGCCAACAUUUGAUAUUGUAUGGAAAGAUGUUCAACAAUUUUUACUUAAACAUUCAUUAAUCUCAUUAGUAGAUCAUAAUUCUAAUUGUCAUAGUUUUACUUGGAUAACAUGUGGGAAUUGGGAUUCACGAACAAUGUUACCAUUACAACUGAAACAAAGUGGAUUUGAUCGACCUAAAUUUAUUAAUGAAUUUAUUAAUAUAAAAGAUUUGUCACAAUGGUUUAUUGAAAAUAAACAUCCACUAAAAGUAACAUGGAAAAAAAAUGGAUAA